ACGUGUGAUUCACGGAAGUUCAGAUCAAUGCUAAUGCGGAAGAGAAAACAACUUAUCGGCUUUGUUUUUUUUAUGCCGUCUGCUGUCUAACCAAACUGUCAGAAAGGACCGACAGUGGUACAAAUAAUAAUACGUAGGUGAUUUAAAAUAAUAAACGUCAAGUUAAACUAGUUACCUACAUUUUGACCGACGCGGUUACACCCAUGGCUGGCUCAUCGCUGCAGAAAGCUAUAGAUCUUGCAUCCAAGGCAUCAGAGGAGGACAAAGCCAAAAACUAUGAGGAAGCCCUUCGAUUGUAUGAGCAUUCAGUGCAAUACUUCCUCCAUGUUGUCAAGUACGAUGCGCACGGUGACAAAGCAAAGAUUAGCAUCAGGAACAAGUGUAAGGAGUAUCUUGACCGAGCUGAGCAGCUGAAGGAAUACCUUAGUAAGAAAGAGAAGGCUCCCCCAUCCAAGCCAGUCAAAGAGUCCCAGUCUGAUGACAAAGGGAACGAGAGUGAUGGUGGGGGUGACGAUCAGGAGAAGAAAAAGUUCCAGAAUCAGCUGUCAGGUGCCAUCGUCAUGGAGAAGCCGAACAUCAAGUGGGAUGAUGUUGCAGGGCUCGAGGGUGCCAAGGAAGCUCUGAAGGAAGCUGUCAUACUGCCCAUUAAAUUUCCCCAUCUCUUCACAGGAAAGAGAACUCCCUGGAGAGGGAUCCUAUUGUUUGGGCCUCCAGGUACGGGUAAGUCUUACCUAGCCAAGGCUGUGGCCACUGAGGCCAACAACUCCACCUUCUUCUCCAUCUCCUCCUCCGACCUGGUGUCAAAGUGGCUGGGAGAGAGUGAAAAGUUGGUGAAGAAUCUGUUUUCCUUGGCAAGAGAACACAAGCCAUCCAUCAUUUUCAUCGACGAGAUCGACUCUCUGUGCGGCUCGAGGAGUGAGAACGAGAGUGAGGCGGCGCGCCGGAUCAAGACUGAGUUCCUGGUGCAGAUGCAGGGUGUUGGAAAUGAUAAUGAUGGAGUCCUGGUUCUGGGAGCCACUAAUAUACCGUGGACACUUGACUCUGCCAUAAGGAGAAGGUUUGAGAAGCGUAUUUACAUCCCUCUGCCUGAGGAGCACGCCCGUACCUUCAUGUUCAAGCUGCAUCUGGGCGCCACCCCCACCAACCUGACUGAAGCAGACUUCGUGCAGCUGGGCCAAAAGACGCAAGGCUACUCCGGGGCCGACGUCAGCAUCAUCGUCCGGGACGCCCUCAUGCAGCCCGUCCGCAAGGUUCAGAUGGCAACUCACUUCAAAAAGGUGCGAGGGUCCUCCUGGAACAACCCAGACACGGUCGUUGAAGAUCUUCUGACCCCAUGCUCCCCUGGUGAUCGUGACGCUAUUACCAUGACCUGGAUGGAAGUUCCUGGAGAGAAACUUCUGGAGCCCGUUGUUUGCAUGGAUGACAUGCUUCGGUCACUGGCCAGCACCAAACCAACAGUGAACGACCAGGAUUUGGAGAAGCUGACCAAGUUUACAGAAGACUUUGGUCAAGAAGGCUAACAACGCUCACACUGGACUCUCGCCAAAUCUUUCCUCUGAAUAUAUAUUUUUUGUAUAUCCACUAGAACUGUCUAUCCUCCAUGUUUGUGAUGCAAUUAUGUAACUCAUCACCAUUAGUAACUUUACUUUAAUUUACUUUUACAUGGGAUUCAACCAUGUUUUUUUUUUUACUAAUGAAGAAUGUUUUAAUGCCUUUAGAUAAACACUCAAUUUUGCCUUUGCUUACGAGCAUUUAACUCUUCUUCAGUGGCUGGAGAAUUAUAUUGCACAGGGGUGGGGAAUACAUCAAAUCCAUUUUUUUACUCUUGUUCAGUUCAGCUUGGGACACAUUCAUGUUUUUCAAUAAUGAAAGGAACAUUUGCAGACAUGAUAGCUUUAUAAACUGCGAUAUAUAUAUAUAUAUUAUACCGUUAUUAACUGGGCUAAGUGGUGAAAAAUUAAAUUGCACUCAUUAGUUAAAAAUAUGUUGACUGAUUUAGGCAUACAAUCAAAUUAAAUAAUUCGAUUUUUUGUUCUCUCAAACACUCAGGGUUAUUUACUAUCUUUGUUAUAUAUGUCUAUUUUGGGGAUUUCUUAAUCUAUGCAUUAUUAAGGGUUUGAGUUUUCACUGUUUAUAUUUAUUUAAAAAGGAAUGAGUUGCAUUGUUACAUCUUUCCCUACUUUUUGGAUUUUAAUGGGAGCGUUUCAUCAUGAAUACAAAUAAAGUGACUGUGGGAAACAGUUUUAAUAUUAUUAUGAAUAUAUUUAAUAGUUAAAAUACACUUCCUUGCUAAAUGAAGGUAAAUGCAGGUGAUUAAAAGU